GGCAUGUCCGCCAGCGAGCCUCCUGAUCUUUUGUGUCCUCUCCUGCCUCGGGUCUCCUGGAUUCUAUUUCAUGGACUUCUAUCCGAAAGUGAAACCGAGUAGGAACAUCUGGCAUUAUGGAUGGGAUUCGAACACCUCGGGACCAUCAUGUGAGAAUUUUGCUUCCCAAUAGAGGACAUUUUGACAGCGGCGUGCAUUUUAAAUCCCAUUUGAGCCGUUUGGAGAUCUUUGGCUGACUUGCAGAACACUUUAAGGCUGGUUUCAUGUUUAGAAACUUGCUGAAAGUGAAACGUCAACCCGCAGCUUUUUCAUCUUUGCAGGCGAGAUCCUCGGAAUUAUUUGUUGAACAACCCAGGCUCAUUUUGGGGGGGGGAUAACCUAUCCUCUCUUAUUCAUUGAUUUUGCCCUCAGGCAAAAGUAUUUGUUUGCAAUAAAAGUAGUGCUUUGGCGCCAAGUGGAGGCACUUCAGAUGGACAAAGGUAGGGAGGGCUUCACCGCAAUCUUCUAGGAUCCAAGGAACUACGCUGAAGUGAGUUGAGCACUUUCAUUUUGACUUCUUCCAUUUGAUGUAAUCUACUUUAAUCAACUUUUUGCACAUUGCUUUUUACAAUGCAAAUUAAAAAAGCCAAAGAACGAGUUAACACUAUUUUCCAACAAGAAAAUGGAAGAAAAAGAAGAGUGUGAAGAUCCAUUUUGAAUAAUUGAGGAGUGGUUGAAAGGCGACACCCGGAGUGAUUCUUCUUCUGUAAUUGGACACUGCUGCUGAGAAACAUUUGGGAGGUGAUCGCUAAAAUCCUGCUUUUGUUUGUCCCACUUUUUUUUUUUUUGGUGGGGACACAUUUUUUGGAGGCUUUGAACAUCAGUAACAUGUCUGCCUUGGUGAUGUUUAUACCGUUGGUCCUCCUCAUGGUGCUUCAAGCGGGCGUGUGCGCGGGCGCAUGCGUGGAGGUGGACUCAGACACGGAGGCGGUGGCCAACCAAGGCUUCAAGCUAGGCUGUAUCUCGUGUAAGAGGAGGGGCGAGGUCAUGGCCACGGCCAGCGUCACCUGGCUCUUCAAGGCCGCCGGCGACGCCGACUUCUCGCACGUGUACAGCUACGGGAAUGAGCGGGGCUGGAUUUCGGACGAGCGCUUUACGUCGCGGGUGCAGUGGCGCGGCAGCAGACGGACGCUGGACCUCCAGGACGGCUCCAUCUACAUCACCAACAUCACCUUCAACGACACGGGCCGCUACAAGUGCGUUUUCAGCCGUGUGCUCGUCUACAACGACUACACCUUCCGCUCCAACACCAGCAAGAUCAUCAACGUACGCGUGGUGCCCAAAAUGACGAGGGGCAUAGCGUCCAUUUUGUCCGAGGUGAUGAUGUACGUGGCCAUCAUCGGUCUUCAGCUGUGGCUUCUGGUGGAGAUGAUCUACUGCUACAGAAAGAUCUCAGCGGCCGGCGAGGAGGCCUUGAGGGAGAGCGCGGAUGAGUAUUUAGCCGUAGCGUCUGAAAACAAAGACAACUGCGCCGAUGCGCAGGAGGCAGAUUAACACAUGAGUGGGAAAGUGCUGGCGCAGAAAUGGAUUUUCACAUCCACCUUCAGCAUCACCGUCUCCUCCGCGACAACACGCCAGGACAGGAGUGUGACGCUCCAUUUCAGCCACUUUAUCCGACUGUGCGCGUGUUUUAGUUAUUUUAAUAGUAGCCGCUAGAGGGCAGCAUAGCACCGCCUAACAGGAAAAGGGGCAAAAAUAAAACAAGACGACCGUGUAUGAAAUAUCGGAUUUAUUUUUACAACAAUGUUGGAAAAUAGAGCAUAUACCAUUAGGCUGAGAGUUCUAAGGAAAAAGGGGCUUGAAAGAAAAAAUGUUCACUAACAACGUGUUUGUGUACUUUCAAUCAAGUGCAAAUAUUUGAAGUACAAUAGCGUUCAUUACUUUUUCUUACCUGCUUUUUUUUCCCAACAGAAAUAACACUUCACUGAAUGAAAACAUAAUAAAAUAGAAUGUAAAGUUAGUCACUGGGUUUAUGCGUAUUUUAAGGGCUGCGGCCUACACAAUUAUUGGCUAAUAAAAAACAUCACAUUUAUUUUUUUAUAUUAAAAAAUCUGAAAUUUAAACAGGAAGAAAAUACUUAAAUUAUUUCAAAUAUAGCUUAUAAUUUACUACAAUACAAUUUGCAAUAUACAUUUUCAAAUUUUAUUUGAUAUUAUUCAUAUUUAAUUGUUAUCAACAUUAAAUGGUAUCAAAGAUUUUUUCAAAUAUUUUCCCAUGAAGUUUUUGGUUGAAGCUCAUGAGAUUUUUUUUCAUAAAUGUAGUAAAGACGCACACAUACACACAAAGAGCCAGGACUUGUUGCAUUUUUUUUUCUUUUCCAUUUCUCUCCGUGUGCACAAUCACAUCUUCACAGUACAUUUUCGUCUCCGCACCCCUCCCAAAAUAAAUAAUACACCCUUUUUGUUGUCGUGUGCGGUCGGCCAUGCACAGCAGGGCCGUAACAAACUGGAGGGAACGAGGGAGGUCAGGAAAGAUAGAGUGAUAGAGGUGAGUGGGGAAAUAAAAGGAGUUGGGGACGUGACAAUUAAAAAAAAAAAAAGAAAGAGAGGUGGGAGAAAUGUAUUACAUACGAGAAAUUCCCUUUUGUUCCGUCGCGGAAUUCCGGU